GGCAUUUACUUUAGCCUUUACUCCAUGCAACUUCCACCAUAUGUGUGGCUCAUAUAAGCUUAACCCUAAUUAUAAUCCAAACCCCUUUCCUCCACAACCCUAAAACCACCAUGUCCACCCAACCUUCCACAAGCACACUGCACCAGCACAACAACGACGACGACGACGACGAUGAAAACAUACGCGAAAUACACGCCCUAACACCACAACCACCACCACAACCACCGCGAUACCACCCUCACCGUGGAGAAGUGUGGGAAACCACCAGCCACAGAUCAUCAAAUCUGUCCGUUGGCAGCAACGAGACUGAGAACUUCACGACCAUGAGCCGCGAGUUUAAUGCUUUGGUGCUAGCAGGAAACGACAUAGAUGUUAAUGAACAUAACGAGCCAAUUGCGAGUUUGGAGAGAAUUAGGGAAGAAGAGAUUAAUCCUAGGGACACUAACCCAUUGGCGAUUGUGGAGGAUAAUAAUCCGAGAGUGGCGUCUCCGACUAGAGGUGGUGGAGGGAUGAGUUUGGUUAGUACUGAUCGUAGCAGCGAUGUUUCGUCGGUCCAGCGAGUGAAGAAAGAGGAGGUGGAGUCGAAGAUAUCGGCAUGGCAGAACUCUAAGAUUGCAAAGAUUAACAAUCGGUUCAAGAGGGAGGAUGCGAUCAUCAAUGGGUGGGAGAGUGAACAAGUUCAGAAGUCAACAUCUUGGAUGAAGAAAGUUGAGAGGAAAUUGGAGGAAAAACGAGCAAAAGCAUUGGAGAAAAUGCAGAACGACGUGGCAAAAGCUAAAAGAAAAGCAGAGGAAAGGCGUGCAACAGCAGAGGCCAAGAGAGGAACCAAAGUGGCUAGAGUUUUGGAAAUAGCAAAUUUGAUGAGAGCCGUGGGCCGAGCUCCUACAAAACGCUCUUUCUUUUAAGCUCGUUAAAUCAAGGAUAGAAAACAAAGGGUAAUUUAAUUUUGUAAUAUUAUGGGUCUUUGUGUUUAUCAGGGUGAUUUGUACACCAAAUGCAUUACUUCACAUAUCACACUAAAAAACUUUUAUAGCAAAUGAUACAAGUAUAUAAUAAGUGGUUAUGGUAUGUGAAGUAUCUUUUUGUUGUGUACAAACCGCUUUUUUUUUUUUUUUUUUUGUUUUGGGAACGACACUUGUAAAGGUUAGGGGAAAAUCUAAAGAUGUGAUACCCUAAAACUACAAGCCUCCGAGGUGUAUUGAUGUGCAUUUGACCAAUGCACAAUGAUGAAUACUGUAUUUGAGUGUGUUAGCAUCAUUAGAAAGCUUGUGACCACAAGAACCUUUUGUACGGUCAUGUUGUAUAUAUUAUAAAGUUAAAGUUGUAUUUGCAUGAUACUAGUGAAUAUCGUAUUUGUAAUCUUUUUAA